AACGAAAAAGAUUAAUAAAUCCGUAAGAAUCAGUAUAUUUUCAGAAUUUGAAAGAAAUAUAGGUGCGUCACUCUAAUCUAACAUAAUAAUAUGGCUUCAAUUGAUAAAGAUAAUAUUGUAUAUGGAGGCCCAAUUAGCACAAGUGUAACAUCUGGAUGUAAAACAUUUGCUCAAUAUUUUUUAAAAGAAUUAAAAAAGAAUGGAAAUAAAAUAAUAUUGACUGACGGAUUAACUGGUAAAAAUAUAAGUGCUAUUGAACUGAGGAAAAAAAUUAUACGCCUAACAUAUUGCUUAGAAAAAUUAGGAGUUCGAGAGGGAGACGUUGUUGGAAUUUGUAGUGAAAAUCGAUUUGAAUUUGUUAUAACUAUAUUUUCAAUUUUUUGUUUGAAUGCAACUGCAGCCCCAUUGAAUGUUACAUAUACGGAACGUGAAUUACAUCAUGCUGUAAAUUUAACAAAACCUAAACUGUUCUUUGUAUCUAAUAUUGCUGCAGAGAGAAUUCGAAAUGUCGCCAGAAACAAUGAAUUUAUAAAACAAAUUUAUACAUUUGAUACUACAUCGCCAUAUAAAGAUAUUCAAACAUUUAACAGCUUAAUAAAUAAUCCCAGUACAAGAUCCUAUCCAAUAUAUCUUGCAAAGCCCACAAACAUCGACGAAAAUGUUAUUUUAAUUACAUGUUCUUCUGGAACUACUGGAUUACCGAAAGGCGUCCAAAUUACUCAAAGAAAUUUAUUAAAUACUAUUGAUCGUCAAUAUGAUGCAAAUUCAUAUUUACCAUCAGAUUCCAAAUAUUUAAGCAUUUUGCCAUGGUUUCAUGCUUUUGGAUGUUGUACGUUACUUGGUAUUAUUUCAUCUGGCAUACAUUUAGUAUAUUUUGCAAAAUUCCAAGAAGAGGAAUUUUUAAGUGCCAUUCAAAAAUAUAAAAUUAAUUUUGUAUAUAUGGUGCCGCCGCUAAUGGUUUUUCUAGCAAAACAUCCAUUGGUUGAAAAAUAUGACCUUUCGUCUAUUGAAGCUUUAUUUUGUGGUGCUGCCCCAUUGAGUAGAGAAACAGAAAAUGCAGUUUAUAAAAGAUGUCGGAUUCCUAUUAUACGACAAGGUUAUGGCUUAUCGGAAUGUACAUUAGGUGUAUUACGACAAAAUGAAAAUUUUUGCAAACCUGGUAGUGUUGGUGCCUUGAAAGUUGGUCAUUGGGCUAAAGUAAUUGAUCCAGAAACUGGUAAAAUAUUAGGUCCAAAUCAACGAGGUGAAUUAUGUUUUAAAGGUGAAUGUAUUAUGAAGGGAUAUAUAGGAGAUCAGGAAGCAACGAAAUCUGUUUUGAAAGACGGUUGGUUACAUACUGGUGAUAUAGGAUAUUUUGAUAAUGACUUAGAGUUUUUCAUUGUUGAUCGUAUUAAAGAAUUAAUAAAAUACAAAGCAUUUCAAGUUCCGCCAGCUGAAAUUGAAUCAAUUCUUCUUACGAAUCCCAAAGUUAAAGAUGUUGGAGUAGUUGGGCUGCCAGACGAGAAGUCUGGUGAAUUGCCUUUUGCUUUUAUUGUCAAACAACCAAACGUGGAAUUAAAUGAAAAAGAAGUAAUUGAUUUUGUAGCACAAAAAACUUCUCCAGCAAAACACUUACGGGGUGGCGUAAAAUUUAUUCAAGAAAUUCCUAAAAAUCCAAGUGGAAAAAUUUUAAGACGUAAGCUAAAGGAAAUGUUACCGAAUAGCAAAAGUGAAAUCAAAUCCAAGUUGUAAAAGAUUUGUUUUUGAACUCAUUAUUAUUAAUAAAAUGUUAAGCAUUGCA